AUGGGAGCAAACGCUCCCAAUGCGAUACCAGCACAAGCUCCACCUAUAGUACCACCUGUGGCCCCACCGCCAAUCCAGAAUCAAAUAAGUGUCUCCUCCUCUACGUCGGACCCACGGUCCCGAGUGCAGCUAUCUACUAAUCACCGAGGAGCACAGCCCAGACAACAACGUCGGCGCUCACCCCUACGGGGGAAUGCAUCACCACCGAGAAUCCCUCUCUUUAAUGAGGGAGAAGGCGAAGUAAACAGCCGAAUGUCUCGCCAAAACCUUUUCUCCCAACCAAAUAAUCAAAUGGGUGAGAGGAUGCCUCUCCCAGCAAGACGCAGUCCCUUCACCAUAGACAUCAUCAACGAGGUAUUACCUCAAGGAGUAAAGAUCUCGGGGUUACCUCAAUUCGAAGGAACCACCGACCCACAGGAACAUAUUGAGAAAUUCAGUGCCAUGGCGGAUUUAUACGGCCCGACGGAUGCUGCGAUGUGCAAAAUGUUCCGUACCACUCUCUCCAAGAGGGCAAUGAACUGGUUCAACUCCCUACCCAUAGGGUCGAUUGACACCUUCGCUCGGCUGUCAACCCGGUUCAUCAACCAAUUCGCCAUCAACAAACAAUAUGCCAAAACCCCAGCUCAUCUCUUCUCAGUAGUACAGAGAGAUAACGAAACGCUCCGCAACUACAUCAAGCGUUUCGUAGAGGCCGUCCACGAAGUCCCCAGUGUGGGGCAAGACAUGCUUUCCGGGAUUAUGCAGCAAAACUUGAAACCUGGUAGAUUCAAAGAAUCUAUUGCAGGAAGACCCCCAGGCAACUUAGAGGAGUUGCUGAAUCGAGCCGAAAAAUACGUCCGGAUAGAGGAAGCUUCUACCCAUGCUCCUCCUAAAAGAAAGAGGGAAGAUGACCGUCAGGACAAUAGGAGGCGCGAUGAUCGACGUCCCCCACUUCCACCUCAAGGCCAACCCUCUUCCUCCUACAAUAGGUUCACUCCGCUAAACGCUCGCCUCACGGAAAUCCUUCACGUGAUAGAGCAGAAAGGUUUAGCAGAACCUCCACGUCCUAUGCAGCCAAACGCAAAGCGAGAAAAAUCGGAUCGUUAUUGUCGAUUCCAUAAGGACAGAGGGCAUACUACGGAAGAAUGUGCACAACUCAAAAUGGCGAUUGAGAGGCUGGUCAAACAGGGCCAUUUAGGCGAAUACAUUGAUAAGCCGAGAAAUAAGCGCCGUGAUGAUCCUCCACGCCGAUAUAACAAUCGAGAUCAACAGCAAAGACGAGAGGAUGGAGGUCAUCGACGUGACCUAGAUAACAACGAUAACCAAUCUACCCGAGGAAUCAUCUCUUUUAUCUCCGGAGGACCGGCGGGUGGCGAUUCACAAAAUGCAAGACGCACCCUCGCUCGAUCAGCACGCAUGAAUCAAGAACAUGCUUCUCCCUCCGCACGCAUAUAUCAAAUACGAAGACCUGAUCACAGCAUAGUCUUCAACUCCUCCGACCUCGAAGGUCCGGAUGAAGACCAUGUCGAUGCACUGGUAGUAACAACAACGGUGGCCAACUUCUUGGUCAAGAAGAUAUUAGUGGACGGUGGAAGCUCAGCUGACAUCAUGUACCUCCACGCUUUUAAGCAGCUAGGCAUAGAUAAUGCCCGGUUUAAUCCCGUUGCCACACCCCUGAAAGGAUUCACAGGAGAAGGCAUUUUAUCCAUGGGAGAAGUGGAACUGCCAGUUUCGUUAGGGGAAGACCCCUGUCGGAUCACAAAACUAAUCAAGUUCCUCGUCGUCGACAGACCAUCACCCUACAACAUCAUUCUGGGGAGACCAGCAAUCCACACAUUUAAGUCGGUGCCUUCCUCCUAUCAUCAGAAGUGGAAGUUCCCUACUCCCUAUGGAAUGGGGGAAGUACUUGGAGAUAGACGUCUCGCUCGAGAGUGCUAUGCAAGGGCCCUACGAGAACCUUCCAAGAAGCUUAAACCACCCGGAAGGGGAGACGACACCCAAAAAUCCGACAAACGGAAGUGGGUCAACGCGGUCAUUGAGGAUAAUAAAGAAAUCCUCAUCAGUGUGCCGGAUGACAGCAUCAAGCUAGCAGCUGUUGAAGAACUUAAGCUCAUAGAACUCACUCCCGGAGAUACCUCCAAGCUCAUACGGAUAGGAUCUGAUUUAGAUCCAACCACGGAGCAGCAGCUUAUCAACUUCCUACGACACAAUGGAGAUGUAGCCCUACAUCGGCUUAACGUCGAUAAGAGGUUGAAGCCAGUCAAACAGAGGAAACGGACAUUUGGUCCCGAACGCAACAAGCAUAUCAAAGCGGAAGUGGCAAAACUCCUCGACGCGGGCCACAUACGGCCGGUUCAGUAUCCUGAAUGGUUGUCGAACGUAGUACUCGUUCCCAAACCCGGGGGGAAGUGGAGACUAUGCGUAGACUUCACCGACCUCAACAAAGCUUGUCCUAAGGACCCUUUUCCUCUGCCUAGAAUCGAUCAACUCAUCGAUUCGACCUCAGGAUGCGAGCUCCUCAGCUUCCUCGACGCAUACCAAGGGUAUAACCAGAUCUUACUUGCGCCAGAAGAUCAAGAGAGGGCCAGUUUCAUCACUGACCAAGGCAUCUACUGCUAUCAAGUCAUGCCCUUCGGGUUGAAAAACGCAGGAGCCACCUACCAGCGUCUAGUGAACAAAAUGUUCGCAGAUCAGAUCGGUAAAAAUAUGGAGGUGUACAUCGACGACAUGCUCGUCAAAAGUGUUAAGGUCUCGGACCACCUAACGGAUCUUGAUCAGUGUUUCGCCACCCUGCGAAAAUAUAAGAUGAAGCUCAACCCCCUCAAAUGUUCAUUCGGAGUUCGGGGAGGCAAAUUUUUGGGAUAUAUGAUUUCGCAACGAGGAAUCGAAGCUAACCCCGCGAAAAUUGAAGCAAUCACCUCCAUGGCUCCACCAACAUCGAUCAAGAAAGUUCAACAGCUCAACGGCUGUUUGGCAUCCCUGAACAGAUUCAUUUCAAGAUCAGCGGACAAGGCUCUCCCCUUUUUCAAAAUUUUAAGGGGAGGAAAAAAGUUCGAGUGGGAUGAGGCAUGUCAAAAGGCAUUCGUUGAGCUGAAGUCGUACUUAGCAUCCCCACCCUUGCUCACAAAACAUCAACCCGGAGACACCCUCCUACUGUACUUAGCUACCUCAGCUAAUGCCGUCAGCGCAGUCCUCAUCCGAGAUGGAGAAAAGGGCCACCAACCCAUAUACUACAUAAGUCGCGCCCUCCAAGGAGCCGAACAACGCUACACCAACAUGGAGAAACUCGCUCUCGCCCUCAUCAACGCAGCUCGGAAGCUUCGACCUUACUUCCAGUCACAUCAGGUGGUGGUUCUCACCAAUUACCCUCUGAAGCAAAUACUAAGAAGUCCCGAAACAUCCGGACGAUUAGCAAAAUGGGCAAUAGAGCUAAGUGAAUAUGGAGUAGAAUUUAAACCCCGCCCAGCUAUCAAAGCGCAAGUACUGGCAGAUUUUCUAGUCGAAAUGACUUCCAUACAAGAAAGCACUUCUCUACCUACUUGGUCUGUCAACGUCGACGGAUCUUCCACUACCACAGGAGGGGGAGCGGGUAUCGUACUAACGAAUCCUGAUGGAGAUGAGUUUGAAUACGCUCAACGAUUCGAAUUCACAGCCUCAAACAACGUUGUUGAAUACGAAGCAUUGAUAGCGGGAAUCCGCCUCGCCCUAGCAGCCGGAGCGCGCAAGCUCCUAAUCCAAAGCGACUCUCAGCUCGUCGUUAACCAAGUACUCGGAGUGUACGAGGCCAAAGAAGACACCAUGGCCAAAUACUUAGCUCUUGCACACACCCUCUUAUCCAAGUUCGAGAGCUACGAGAUAAGACAAGUACCCCGAUCAAAUAACAUCCAUGCUGACAAAUUAGCCAGGCUAGUGAGCUCCAUGGCUAGCAUCGGAAGUCGGAAGGUGACGCUUCUCAGCUCACCUCAGCCGGAGAUAACUUCACCCACUGAAGUACAGUACACCGAGGAGGAUGAACCAUGCUGGUUGACUCCAAUCCUGAAGUAUCUCAAAAAAGGAGAACUUCCAACGGAUCCCACCGAAGCACGAAAAUUAAAAACGAGAGCCGCUCGAUUCGUCAUAGUGGGAGAAGAGUUGUACAAACGAGGGUUCUCAUUCCCCUAUCUCAAGUGCCUCGACCCAACCACAUCGGAUUAUGUACUUAGAGAAGUACACGAAGGCAUCUGCGGCAAUCACUUGAGCGGGAGGACCUUAGCUCUCAAACUACUGAGGCAGGGCUACUAUUGGCCAACGAUGCAUGAAGAUGCAAAAAGAUUAGUCCGGAGGUGUAAGCCCUGCCAAGAGCAUGCCAAUAUCACUCACAUGCCAGCAGCGUUAAUGCAACCAAUUGACAGCCCCAUCCCUUUUGCCCAAUGGGGGAUGGAUUUAGUUGGACCAUUCCCGCCCGCCACAGGAGGACGCAAAUACCUCAUUGUAGCAGUGGACUACUUCACCAAAUGGGUGGAGGCUGAACCCUUAGCACGCAUCCGAGAAGAAGAAGUCAUCCAAUUUCUAUGGAAGAACAUCGUGUGCCGCUUCGGAAUCCCGCGUUCCAUCAUCUCGGAUAAUGGAACCCAAUUUUGCGGUGACAAAGUAAAAAAUUGGUGCCUCGGCUUGGACAUCAAGCAGUUCUUCACAUCGGUAGCAAAUCCACAAGCUAACGGCCAGACGGAGGUUACAAAUCGCACCAUCCUCCAACACCCUAUGGGCUUAUCGCACAACCCCACGCGCAGCAACCGGAGAGUCGCCUUUCAAUCUAGCUUUCGGAACAGAAGCUAUAGCACCCGUUGAAAUAGGUGAACCAUCUUGGAGAAUCACCAACUAUGAUCCAGCAGCUAAUGAAGAAGCUAUGCGAGGAAGCCUAGACCUUGUAGAUGAGCUACGAGAGAUCGCAUACAUCCGGCAACAGAUGUACAAAUCACGCAUGGCCAAGGCAUAUAACUCAAAGGUCCGUCCCCGCUCCUUUCAAGUUGGGGAUUUAGUCCUCCGGAAAGCUGAAGCCUCUCACCCCAUUGGCAAGCUCGACCCAAAGUGGGAAGGACCAUAUAAAAUCACAAAGGUGGUCAACACUGGAGCAUAUCGCCUCGAGAACAUUGACGGACACCCUAUACCCAGAACAUGGAAUAUAGGGAACCUCAAACGGUUCUAUGCCUAAGGU